UUGGGGAGCCGACUCAGCCUCUGAUCGUUUGAUGUAACAAAGCUGAAACAUAAUAUCUGCUCUCAUGUUCUUAUUUUCAGAGAGACAGGCCUCCCCCUACACACACACACACACACACACAAACACACUGAAAUCUGAAAAACUGUCUGCUGUGUAAAGGUAAUACCUAGUCGGUGACUCAGCAAAUGAGCAGUGUUUUGGAACUUUUAAGACGUCUAACAAAAAGCCACUCUACUUGGCUCCAGUAGAGUGUGUUUGUGUCUGUGUGUGUUUGUGUCUGUGUGUUUGUGUCUGUGUGUGUGACUACUCAGGUAUGCAUUACUAAAGCUCCCACAAGUAUGACAUCCCAUUGGCACUAACACUCCCGGAAAGGUACAAUAAAUAACCCUGACAGCUCCCAGGACACAUCCAAACACCUGCACCGUCAAAACACACACGAGUGCAGGAGCUCCGAUCACUAUUUGAACAUAGUUAAGGUGUUUUUGUGUGUGGUUAAAUCAGGUUGUGAGCACUUGACCUCUGAGAACCACUCUGAGGUGAGCUGCAGAAUUCUUGUACUUUCCUGAGUAACAAAACACAUGUAGCUGCACUUUCUCCCCUGCAGAGGGUGCUGCUAAUGCUGUGCUCUGAUAUUUUUAUUAUAUACUGUUAUCUUUCUUUCUUAAUAUUUAUGAAUAUCAUUGCAUUUUCUGAAGCACAGACGUGGACGUUAUCAGGUGAACCUUGGGAAAAGUAUUUAAAACUUUGUUUUUUUUCCCUUUGUGUUAUCAGGUAGUGACUGACUCUGACUGACUCUUGGAGACAGAAGCUUUCACACUGGGCUGAGUCAGUGCUGACAGCACCGCAUUCAAUGACACUGUUAAAAAUGUAACUAAAGUUUCACCUUAAAUGUGUAAUGCUUGGAGCAGGAGAACUUCAGGGUCAUGAAUUAUCUAUUUCCCUCCACAGUUUGCUGAAACCUUCCAGUCAGUUUCUGCUGGAACAUUUUUUUUUACCUUUAAUUAUUUAGGUGAAAGUGAUAGAACAAAAAACUGCCAACAAUGGUGAUGAUGAUGAGGUGAUGACGAUCUUGGACCUCAUGUUCAUAGGGUGUUUUCAGGUUUAGGUGAAUGUGUUGUUGUUGUUGUUGAAGAACUUGUUUUUCUCCACUUCAGACGGACUCCAGGUCUCUCUCCUCCUUUCCCAGGCACUUGACUUCUCCCCUGGUUUGAGGUGGAGAAGAAGAGGAGGAGGGAUGGAGGGGUGGUGGUUGAGCGCAAAAGGGGGCAGGACUUCUCUCCGGCUCAUAUUAAGAGCAAACUUUGUGUUUUUGUUCUCCAAGUUCAGCUCAGUGCUCCUGCUGCCCGCACUCCCUGACUCUCCGUGGCUCUUACUCCGUUUCCCUCCUCAGUGGCUUUGUCUCCUCGCCUCUUGUUCACCGCUGUGCAUUCAGGAUAUAGAGGGAUGAUGUGCUUUUUGGAGGCACAAACGCUCCAAGUUGUGCGCUGUGCAGCUGCCUGCCUGUUUUAGUGGAUACAUCGAUGUUUUUGGGCUGGCAUUGAACAAUGGUGCGGCUCCUCGGUGCUCUGGCCGGGCGCAGACUCUGGUGUCGGCUGUUGUUGCUGUGCGCCGUGGAGUUGGAGCUGGGCGCAGGACUCUCCGUUUUCCAGGGUUUCUAUCUUCCACCUGCGAACGGCUCUCUGUUGGCACCUGCCCGCAGGACCGAUGGAAUGGUGCGGACCAUUGACCGGAUUUACCACGGAGGAGGGAAGGUGGGAUAUCUGCUGUACCUGGACGGGAGCCGGUUCCAGUUGGACAUGGAGCGGGACGAGUCGGUGCUAUCGCAUCACUUCAGUCCCCAGUACGUGCACGCUCUGAUGGGCGACAGCCAUGCGCCCUUGCCGCGCGAGUGCGCUUACCGUGGCACGGUGGACUCCAACCCAGAGUCUCUGGCCGUCUUUCACCUGUGCGGUGGCGGACUGGAGGGCUUCUUCGCCAUCAAUAACUCACGCUACACCAUCACGCCUAUAGUCAGGGCGCAGGGACACGAGCACGACGCGCGCGUCCUGCAGGACAAAGACGCGGAGAGCGCGCUCCACGCUUUUACGCGUCAGAGCUUUAGUUUCGAGGCCAUGCGCGAUGGACGCGAGAGCUGCGGGACGCGGGACGGGCGCAGAGGACGCAGGGACGCCACGGGAAGACGCCGGCGCCAAGGACACGGGAGAGGGAGACGCGACAGAGGCGCCAGUGACCGUGACGCGCAAGGACGCAGAUGGUGGAGCCGGUUGGUCAAAGCUGCCGCUCCGGAGCCUGGCGCACGGCGCAGACGCUCCGUCUCCCGUGCCAGGCACGUGGAGCUGCUCCUGGUGGCGGACGACUCCAUGACCAAGAAAUAUGGCAAGGACUUAAACCACUAUUUGCUGACUUUGGCCUCCAUUGCCUCAAAGCUGUACGGACACGCCAGCAUCGAGAACCCGGUCCGACUGUCUGUGGUGAAGGUGACGGUGCUGGGGGAGAAGGAGAAGGGGCUGGAGGUGACCAAGAACGCGGCUGCGACGCUCAAGAGCUUCUGCAAGUGGCAGAACCAGCAGAACCCACUGGAUGACGACCACCAGCACCACCAUGACGCGGCCAUCCUCUUCACCAGGCAGGACCUCUGUGGCCACCACUCCUGUGACACUCUGGGCAUGGCGGACGUGGGCACCAUCUGCACACCGGAGAGAAGCUGUGCAGUCAUCGAGGAUGACGGGCUCCAUGCUGCCUUUACUGUUGCACAUGAAAUAGGACACCUGCUGGGUUUGUCCCAUGAUGACUCCAAGUUCUGCGAGGAGCGCUUUGGUGUGAACAGCGACAAACGCCUAAUGUCCUCGAUCCUCACCUCCAUCGACGCCUCCAAACCGUGGAGCCGCUGCACCUCAGCGACCAUCACUGACUUCUUUGAUGAUGGAAAUGCUGAGUGUCUCCUGGAUACUCCUCGUCAGCCUCUCCUCGGCUCAGAGGAGCUGCCAGGACAGAGCUAUGACGCCGUGCGCCAGUGUCGCCUCGCCUUCGGCCCCGAGUACACGGUCUGUCCGGGCAUGGACGUAUGUUCCCGACUGUGGUGCGCCGUGAUCCGUCAGGGACAGAUGGUGUGUCUGACCAAGAAGUUGCCGGCAGUGGAGGGGACACCCUGUGGGAAAGGACGCAUCUGUCUGCAGGGGAAGUGUGUGGACAAAACUCGUAAAAAACACUACUCGGUGUCCAACCACGGCAGCUGGAGUUCCUGGGGUUCUUGGGGUUCCUGCUCCAGAACCUGUGGAGGUGGCGUUCAGUUCGCUCAGCGUUUGUGCAACAACCCACCGCCAAGGAACAACGGACGCUAUUGUACAGGGAAAAGAGCCAUCUAUCGCUCCUGCAGUGUCACACCCUGUCCACCAUCAAAUAAAACCUUUCGUCAGGAGCAGUGUGAAGUGCGCAACGGUCCUCAGACUGAUCCCAAAGGAGUGAAGACCUUCGUUGAGUGGGUUCCCAAAUAUGCAGGAGUCCUGCCCAAAGAUACUUGUAAGCUGACGUGCAGAGCCAAGGGAACGGGAUAUUAUGUGGUUUUCUCUCAGAGGGUGGUGGACGGGACAGAGUGUCGUCCCCACAGCAGCUCGGUGUGUGUGAAGGGCAAGUGUGUGAGAACGGGCUGUGACGGCAUCAUCGGCUCCAGGCUGCAGUUUGAUAAGUGUGGUAUAUGCGGAGGAGACAGUACAGGGUGUGUCAGAGUGAUGGGCAACUUCACAAAGAAGAGUAAAGGCUACACUGACGUGGUGAAGAUCCCUCCUGGCUCCACCCACAUCAAGAUCCGUCAAUACAAGGCCAAGGACCAGACACGCUACAGUGCCUACCUGGCACUGCGCCGGCCCAGUGGAGAGUACCUCCUCAACGGCAAGUUCAUGAUCGCCACCUCCGAGACUGUCAUCCCUCUCAAUGGCACAGUGCUCAACUACAGUGGUUGGAGCCAAAGGGAUGAGUGGCUCCACAGCAUGGGCCCCGGGCCCCUUCAGGAGGGUCUAGUGGUUCAGAUUCUAGCAACAGAUGCCAAAAAGCCUCUGGAUGUCCGUUACAGCUUCUUCAUGCCUCGCCGCAUACCUGCGCAGCAGCCAUCACCUCCACUGGUCGCCAAUCAAAAGACAACCACCUCACACAGCACCACCACAGUCUCCACCACAACCAAAUCCACCUCCACAACCAGAACCACCAGCACCAUCACCACCAGUAGCACCACUACAGCCUCCGCUACCCCUCCUUCCCUGAUCCUGGGACCAACUACAGCUUUAAUUCCCUCGACGCCAACACCUGGUCCUCAGUGGGUAACCGGUCAAUGGAUGACCUGCUCCAGGACUUGUGACACAGGCUGGCAGAGUCGAACAGUGCAGUGUAAGGACCGGGACGGGAAACUGUCCAAGGGAUGCAUGUUGAACACUCGUCCAUCCGCCUUCAGACAAUGUCUGACGAAAAAAUGCUGAGUAGCCAAGACGAAGGGAGGAAAUUCCGAAGAUGUUGCAAACUGUACUCCCGAAAGAGCCGACCAUGUGACCAGCAAUUGGACCUCUGAAUGAAGGACAAAUUGGACUGUAAUUGUUAGUGCCUAGAGCGGUCAUUACGGACUCUCAUGCGUGUCGGCAUGGGUGUAUCUGACUGUAUCCCAGAGAAUGUUCUGGAAUCACCGUAGCUGCACAGAGCACAGUUUCCAUUGAUUUCCAGGAUUAACUAAGAACUGGAGCUGCAUGCCAUUUCCACUUGACAAAGACUGAUUGUCUUCAUGAUGGCAUCCAAGUGCUGGAGCCCUAGUGUGUAACAGCAUGCGUGCAGUGUGUCCUUUUUUAUGGUGUUUGUGUGUGUUCUUGUCACUGUGGGUAUUUUACAGUGGUACCCUGUAGUUUUCUGUUAUGAAUGUGUCCAGGACAAGAGCCCUUGCUGCAUCGUCCCUAACUGUUUUUGGUCACAUGUUUCCUGCGUAGCACAAAAAGAUGAGUUACGGGAAGAUUUUUUUAAGAAUGUGAAAUCACUGGAAAGUUGACAACUAUUGUAGCAGCCUUCGUAGCAACUACCCAAAAACCCCAACACAGAUCGAAGCGUCAGGAUUUCAAACAAAUAAUCUCCCUUCAGUCGUUGCUCUAAGCUUCUCUGAUACUGAAUGUUCAAGAUAUAGUUUUAUCUUUUGGAACACAGUAUUUCAGCAAGCUGUGGUGAUUAUGUCACAGAUUUUAUAUGAAAAAUAAAGGAUUUAUACCAUUUCCCUUAAAAGUGCUUAAAAAAAUUGGUCUUCAAUUGGCCAUUGGUCUUCGAAAAUAAAAGCAUUUCUGCCUGUGGUCACAGCUUCAUUGUGAGGCUCUGUUUGAAGGCAAUCAUUUUAAAAUGAGUUGUGUUUGUGGUGCUUCAAACUUAGAACUCUUGCUCGGAGCAAUUUUUUUCAAGAAAACUAGUAAAAGGUUUGGCAGUACAAGUUACAUUAAGAUUAUGCAAAUCAGCCCUGACACAUUUCUAAAAACAGAUUCUGUAUAUACAGUAUAUAUAGGUAUAUACUGUAUGUAAGAGUAUGCUGGCCUCAACAGAACAAAACUUCCAAAGCAAGUCUGACCAGGGGACAAAGUGACAAUGACACUCCUCAUUUUUGGAGAAACAAAUCCAGUUUAGGGCAAAGCUUGAUAUUUUUGUUUGUGUGAUUGGACAGUUUGUACGGUGAACAUGUGUUAUUCACUCUCAGUUCUGCUUGUAUUUAAUCAUGAUGCUGGUGCUGAGAGGUUCCAUGUCUCAGUGUCUUAUAUUUUUCAUUGUUGAUGUGGUGGUGGUGUCUGUUUACCUGAAUUAAUGCUAAUACGACAAUGUGUGCCCUGGAUACUCGCAACAACAAGAGACACAAAGGCAAUCACUACUGUCCCUCUGCAGUUCAACUCUUUUAUUGCUCUUCUUUGUUAUGAAGCUCAGAGGUUUAAGUAUGAGAAAACAUUACCAUACCAUUUUUUCAUUUUAGCCAAAGUUGCUGAUGGGUGAAGUACCAGAAUGUUUGAUGUUGUUACAUCUGAGUAAUGAUGUGUGAGUUAGACGCUGCAAAAAAAAGAAAGAAAAGAAAACAGGAAAGUUUUUUUGUGGACAUUUUUUUAUUCCAUUAUAUUGUCAGUGGAAACCACCAACUGAAAGCACAUGGCUUAGCAUGAAGACUUGCAGAGAUGGCUAAGUAAGCUAAAGCUACUCAGACAAAACAACACAAUCAGUGUCUUAAUUUGGUUAUCUACUUAUUAUUCACUUGAUGGAUUUCUGUAAGAGUUUUAACUUUUUUUGUGCAUGUUGUGUUUUCCUCCAUGGCAAACCUCAUCCAUCUGGCACCAGUACAGCACAAGACAAACAGGGUCAACAAACCACUGACACAACGUUGACACUUGAGUCAACUUUACAUAUAUUUGUUAGACUUUUCUCAGAGCAGUAAACUUACAGACACACAAUAUUAAAACAUCCAUCAGUCUGAUCAGUUUUUCCAAGUAUAUCAGACCCACACACUGUCAUACACGUAAACACAACACUCUUGGACCUUUCCAGUGGCAAAACUCUUCUCGACCAGACGACAGAAACACAGCACUGAACUUGUAAUUUAUUGUUUGUACAACUGGUAUAUUUGUGAAUUUAAAGAAACAAAAUAAAAGAAGCAAUGAGAGGAGUUUUAUUUAUUAUACUAAUUUUUGUAUCAGAUUACUAUUUAACUUGGGACAUUGACUGUGCAGAAACAUUCCAUUGUAAGAAUUUAGUGUUUUGUUUUUCUUUUCUUGUCAUCCAGGUGAAUAUAUGUACAUAAAAUCUAUAUUUGAAAAUGUGUGUCUCUGUGUCAUUUUUCUUUA